GUCAUUGGUGGGUCUACUGUCACGGCGGAUCAAUAUUUCCCGCGCUAGUCGUUUGACAAGUAAAUAAUAGUGAAAAUAUUGCUUUAAAUGCAAUUAUAACUAAGAAAAGUACAAUGUAUGAUGUGGAAAAGUUCAGAAAAAUAGAGAAAAUCGGCGAAGGAACGUACGGCGUUGUUUAUAAGGCAAACGACAAGAAAACGGGAAAAUGCGUGGCUCUCAAAAAGAUUCGUCUGGAGAGUGAGACGGAGGGUGUUCCUUCAACUGCCAUUCGGGAGAUUUCUCUCCUCAAAGAUCUCAAACAUCCUGCCAUAGUCAAUCUGUUUGAUGUAAUCAUGGGCGAGGGCUGUGUCUACAUGGUCUUUGAGUGUCUCAAUAUGGACUUGAAGAAGCUCCUGGAACAGAAACGGGAUUUGCUCACGCCCAAGCUUGUUAAGAGCUAUAUGCAUCAGAUGCUGGACGCUCUUGCAUUCUGCCAUAUGCAUCGCAUCUUGCAUCGAGAUCUCAAGCCCCAGAACCUUCUCGUGGACACUGAGGGCCACAUCAAACUGGCAGAUUUCGGAUUGGCCAGAUGCUUCAACAUCCCCAUGGGCUCGUACACGCAUGAAGUCGUCACUCUUUGGUAUCGUGCCCCAGAAAUCCUCCUGGGCACUAAGUUCUAUUCCACAGGAGUUGACAUCUGGAGUUUGGGCUGUAUCUUCGCAGAAAUGAUCAUCAAGCGACCUCUCUUCCCUGGCGACAGCGAAAUCCAUCAACUAUACAAAAUCUUCGAACUUCUAGGCACUCCUGACAAUUCCACCUGGCCAGGCAUCAAUCAAAUGCCCGAAUACAAGAGCAUCUUCCCUCGCUGGGAACGCAAAUCACCCCCAACGGAAAUAAUCCGUCAGAAUGCCCACGAACUCCUACUCAAUCUUCUCGAAUAUGAUCCCAACAAACGCAUUGCAGCGCGAAGUGCAAUGCAGGACAGCUACUUCAAUGAUUUGGAGCACGUGAAAAUUGUUGAUUUACCCAUUGAAUCACCCUGAUUUCUGAUACUCGCACAAAAAUCUUUAUUUGCCAUAAGUCUUACAGAGAAUAAAUGGAUUAAAUUGAUAGAAAA